CUCUACAGUAUUACGAAGAAAAAUAGAGGCUUGGAUUUGGAAGAAGAAUCCCAAUUCCCAAUUGCCCGUCUGCGUCCGCGCGUGAUUGAUCCGGAUUGAAGAAUUUUGUCGACGCUGGACAAUAGUGUAGGAAACAUACAUACGCCCAUAGCCAUAGCCAUGACAAGCGGACGCGGGAAUAUCGGAACAUCUCCGCCCCUUGUACGUAUCCAAAUCAAAUCCCAAACACAGUUGAUCUCUGUAUCUCUCUCUCGGCACAACUAACCAGAAACAGAGGGGCCGUGCUCGAUCAAACGGUGUCGACAAUGGCGGAGCACUCCAGGAAACGCGCCCGCAGCCGCAGCCGGGGCCGCGCCUCCCCCGGCAGCGGCAGCGGCCGCGACCGGCUGAGCGACCUCCCGGACGCGCUCCUCCACAGCAUCAUGUCCCACCUCGGCGCGCGUCAGGCCGUCCAGACGAGCGCGGCGUCGCGGCGGUGGCGCCACCUCUGGCGCUCCAUGCCGCGCAUCCGCAUCGACUUCCGGGACUUCGCGCCCCCCACCACCACCACCUCCGCCCCCGCCUGGUGCAACGCCGCGUGGCGGAAGCUCGAGCUCUUCGCCGACAGCCUUCUCGAUCUCCACUCCGCCGCCCCAGGCGCCCUGGACGAGUUCCGGCUCCACGCGGACGACCUCCGGCUGCGGCCUUCCAGCACCAAGCCGCGGUCCCACCAGGCCUACCUGGACAUGUGGGUCCGCCGCGGGGUCACCGAGUGCGGCCGCCGCCCGGCGGCCCUCGACGUCGUGGCGGGCAACACGCUGGACGGGAUCCCGUUCCCCCGACGGCUGGGCUCCAGCCCUGACAACUUCUGCCGCCUCACCACGAUGCGCCUCCGGGGCUUAUACUUAGCCCGCACCUUCGGCGAAGAUCUCCGGUCCGGGUGCCCCGUCCUGGAGCAACUGACGCUCGAGGUCUGCAGCUGCUACUUCCCGGAGCUCGUCUCCGGCUCGCUCAAGACUCUGUCUCUCGUCUCCUGCCAUCCCAACCCGCGCUCUAUCACGGCCCCGGCGCUCGCCCGUCUCUGCGUGUCCUCCCCGUGCCCCGUGGACCGGCCCGAGCUUUGGGAUCCCAAGGGGACGGCGAGAUCCGUUGCCCGGGCGUCGAUUCCCAAGCUUUCCUGCUCGUUCGACCAGUGCCUGUUCGAUCUCCUUGCCAGCGCGUGCAACGUCAGGGCUCUCAAGCUGUCGGGGUUUUCCCCACCGGUACGCCGCCGCCGUACGGCGCAGCUGGACGACGAACCAGAGGAGUUCUUCCCUGUGCUCCCUAACCUCACAACGCUGUUCGUAGAGGAUUCUGACAUGUGCAUGCGCUUCGAGAUCCUGGGACUCUUUCUGCAGAACGCUCCCAACCUGCAGACAGUUACUCUGCGGCACUGCAAGGACUCGGAUACUCUUCCAGAUGAUAAAAACGGUCGGGAGUGGGAGGGUUCGCUGGGGAGGAGGAGGAGGAACGGCUGGAAGAAAACCCCUCCACCGCCGACCGAGAAGCCCAUGGAUAUAGUUACUUGGGGUAUCAGUCAGAUCAUCAGGCUGAGUUUUGGGGACGGGCAAAUUAGCAAGCUCUUGCGAACCCUGUUGGGCAUAUCAACGGUAAUGGAUACGCGCACCAUCAUACUCACCAAGGAAAACGAGGACCAACUCAAGACCGUAGAGCCAUGUUGAUGAUCAGUUUGUUCUCGAAAAAAUAUUGAUGAUCAGUUGACCGCUGAUGUGAACUGGAGCUCGCAGCGCGGAUGAUAAUUAUGUACACUGUACAGCGAAUGAGAUCCAGUAUGACCUAUGACCAGGCCAGGCGAAAUACUAUGACAACACUUGUAGUUAGCAACGUCAUUAUCUGCGGAUUUACUUAUUCUGCAUGUGCUAAUUUGUUCGAUCGGCACCGCCUUUUGGCUGUUUUACUAUUUUCACUGAAGUUUCAACAAAAAAAAAUCGGUGCUUAUAUAGUAGUUCCUCUUAUUCUAAAUUCUUGAUUCAAAUUUGUCCAAAUAUGGAUGUAUCUAUUCUUAAAAA